AUGGCACCCCCUAUUGUAUACGACGGAGUAAAUGGGAAGUACGAAGGGACUCUCUUUAACGGCCUCAAGUAUUGGGUCUCCCGCAGGGUCCCCACCCGUAGUUUAAUCUUGGACAAAAUCAAGGACAAUGGCGGCAAGAUUGUGGAGUUGGAAAAGCAUGCCGAUAUAUUGAUUGCGGAUCAUAUCUGGAAAGACUGCCCUCCAAGAUCCGUAUCAUGGAAGUACAUCAACGAUUGCGUGGCCGCGGGGGAGCUCGUUAACAUCGAGGACUACUACCCCUAUCCGAAUCACCCUUGGCAAUCAUGGCGAGACAAAUGGGUCAACAAGAUGUCUCUGCUUAGCGAGGACCAGCUACCUCCUGUCCUACCAAAGUUGCCACCGCCGCACACACAGCCCAGCAACAAAGCCCAAGCGGCACCUGAUACUUCCGCACCAUCAGCCAGGCCAACACCCCCCGAGCCAACAGCGCCAACAUCCCCCAGGCGAGGUUCCAACGUUAGAAUCCGCUUCACCAAUGAAGAGGACAAGAUGCUGGUCAAAUAUGUGGCGGAACGCAUACAAAUGGGCAAGAAACCAAAGGGAAAGGAGAUAUACCAAAAGCUCGAGGAGAAGGCGUGUGGUUUGUCCCCGACCGGGACUCAAGCCGAGCCGAGAGACGAGGGGCGGGUCUCAACCACCGAGAAGGGCCCAUCGGUAGUACCCCAGCAUGACGCGGAACCUACCGACCCCGAGGAAGCCGAAGACGAACCCGGCCAAACGGACCAACACGCAACCCCCGCGGGCCCCAGGACCACGCUGGUCCUGUCUCGCGAGGAUUUCUGGCGCACGUUCAACGAAUACAACGAGCUGAACUGCGUUCUGCCCGGCCCUUGGGCGCAGGUUGAUAGCCUGGCGGUGGACUUCUGGGACCUGUGGCAGUGUGCUACGGGAGAGCCGGAUCACGCGUUCCGCAACUGGGAGGUUGUUGCUGAGGAGCUGGGCUUUGAUUGGAUCGCGGAGCCGCACGUGCCAGUACAUCUCAAGGUUGCGUUUGAGAAACACUUACUGGGGUUUGAGGAGGCGUUGAGGGAGUUUGAUCAGUGGGAUGAAGGGGAGGAGGAAGAGGAGGAUGGUGAAGGGGAAGACGAUGAGGAGGUACAGGAAGUGCACGAAAAGUGGGUUGGCGUCGAGGAAGCCAACGACAACGAGACCGCGUCACAGGAUUCCGACGCUAAUUUCGUUUCUUCCCCUCCUAUCAACCUGAAAAGAGCCAGGGUAUCAUCGCAAACACCCUUCUCAAGUUCGGUUAGGAAACGGCCACGGUACGACCCCAACGUUGAGGUUCCGGAAACACCACAAAUGCGCGCCGAGAAAGCUGGCCAAACGGUUGCCGGGGCCAGGGCGGUUGCCUCCAACCAGCAUACCCCAACUAGACAUCCGCGUUAUUCAGUGCCAUCCAGGGAACCUGCCGAGAUGGAAGCUCACUAUUCCCGGCCCAUCCCUCAGUACGACGGGGCAGAGGAUGAGGCACUCCUUUCUCCCUCCCAACAGCUACGCUCCGAAAUCGAAGCUACCGCUUUCCAACGAGAACCGGCUCGGGGUACCCAGAGCGCCACAUCCUCCGCCAAACCCCCCGUCCUAUCCGACGGCGACGAAACGUCCGACUCUAACAGCGGUUUUGAGGCCAUCGACAACCUCCUAGUGAAGCCCCCCCCUCCACGCGAGAACCGCCAUCGACAAACCCUCCCCUGGUCCGAAGGCAAAGGCAAACAACCAGCCACCGCCCUCACCCACACCCCACAACCACCCCCGCGUGCCCACACCACUACCACGACCACAACCACCACCACCCAACCAACACCACGACCCCACCCCCUCUCAACCCCCCACACCGGCACCACCAUACGCACGCAAUGCCAUCCCCCCACCGCCACCUCAACCGGUCCACCCGACCCCGAACCGGUUUUAAACAACUACUCUCGCGCAGAAGCGCUGUCGCGCCUCGCCUUCAUCGCAGCGCGCCUCUCAUCGUUUCGGAGAGGCCUCAGCGAGGGCUUUCGUUAA